AUGUCUCUUCAAAAGCUUCCAAUUGACAAGGUUUACUUGAAGGGUAAGAGAGUGUUGAUCCGUGUCGACUUCAACGUACCAAUCAAGGAUGGCAAAGUUAGCAGCACUCAACGAAUCGUUGCUGCUGUUCCAACCAUCAAGGUAUGAUGAUUGUUUUUUUAUUAUUUUGAUAAAAUCUAAAACACGGCAACUUUGUGUGUAUUAACAGUAAAAGCCUUUAUGAGGAUGUUAAGAUUUUAUGAUAAUAAUUAAAUUGUUUAAAAAAAUUAUUGUAGUAUGCCUUGGCUAACGGAGCUAAGUCCGUCGUCCUCAUGAGCCAUCUUGGACGUCCAGACGGCCGUAGACAAGAGAAGUACAGCAUGGCUCCAGUCGUUGGAGAGCUCGAAAAGAUCUUGGAGAAGUAAGAAAUCAUUAUUUAUAAAGUACCUCGAUGAAAUAAUAAUUUUGUUUAUGAUUAACUAUUUGUAACUAAAAUAAAAUUUACAGGAAAGUAACCUUCUUGAAGGACUGUGUUGGAGAAGAAGUUGAAAAGGCUACUGCCAACCCAGAAGAAGGAUCUGUCAUUCUGCUUGAGAACUUGAGGUUCCAUUUGGCUGAAGAAGGCAAAGGUGUGAAUGAAGCCGGAGAGAAGGUAAAGAUUCACAUAUUGGAUAUUUAAUAUGAGUUUAGGUAAAAGCCAAACCAGAUGAGGUUGAGAAGUUCAGAAAAUCUCUGUCGAAACACGGUGAUGUUUACGUCAAUGAUGCUUUUGGUACGGCUCAUCGUGCUCACAGGUAAGAUUUUACCUUUUAUUUUUCUUCUAUUGUUAUAUAUACAAAAAGUUAUUUUUUCAUUGAAAAGCUUGAUGCUUUAAUGACGUUUUUUCUUUAGCUCGAUGGUUGGCGUCGAUCUUCCAAACAAGGCUUCUGGAUUCUUACUCAAGAAGGAGCUCGAGUACUUUGCCAGGGCCUUGGAAUCUCCAGAACGACCAUUCCUGGCUAUUCUUGGUGGAGCCAAGAUUGCUGACAAGAUCCCCCUCAUCCAAAACUUGUUGGAGAAGGUUAACGACAUUAUCAUUGGCGGAGGAAUGGCCUUCACUUUCUUGAAAGUCCUCGAUGGGAUGUCAAUUGGAAACUCUUUGUACGACGAAGAAGGAUCUAAGAUCGUCAAGGAUCUGAUCCAGAAGGCGAAGGACCGCAACGUCAACAUCCACCUCCCAGUUGACUUUGUAUGUGGAGAGAAGUUUGCCGCUGACACUCCAGUCAGUCAAGCUGAUGCCAAGUCCGGCAUUCCAGAUGGCAAGAUGGGACUGGACAUUGGCCCUGAAUCCGCCAAGAAAUUCCAAGAAGUCGUGAGAAAGGCCAGAACCAUCGUCUGGAACGGUCCAUCCGGGGUUUUCGAAUUCGAGAACUUCGCAAAGGGAACAAAGGCUCUACUUGAAGCUGUUAUCGAUGCUACUCAACAAGGAGCUACUACCAUCAUCGGUGGUGGAGAUACUGCUACCGCCGUCGCUAAAUGGGGAGCUGAAGACAAGGUCAGCCACGUUUCAACCGGUGGAGGAGCCAGUUUGGAACUGCUUGAAGGUAAAGUGUUACCUGGAGUUCAAGCCCUCUCAAACGCUUAA